AUGAAGUACACAGACGGCCAAGUCACCCACUACUCGUCCCAGAUCAUCGAUCUAGAAGCCAACAACCAUAGCCCAUCCACGGAAAACAUUCCCUUGUCAACAUAUACCACUGCACCGACUCAGCCUUGUGACACCCCUUGGCCGGGGACCACUCAGGGCCAGACAACUGCUCAGGAGCAAACAAAGGCAUUGGAACAGAGACCUACCGAAUCAUGUGGAGCCGCAGAAUGCUGUUGGGCCUGUGGCAAGCUCUUCAUGUACAUCAUCGGUUUUGCGUCUCGAAGUUGUCACUUUGGAUGUCACUGCGAUGUUGAUUGUGAGAUGUUAGGAGUAUCUGCGAGGAGGAUACUAGUGAAGUAUAACCACCAUAUCCUCACCUCACUCCCUCCCCAGCCCUACCACCAUACCCUAUACGCUUCCUCCCCUCCCACUUCCAAUCCCUACAACCCACCACCACCACAGAACACAACACCACCAACAAUGUCCCCCCCAACUCCGCCAACACCUCCAACCCUCCAACAGCUCCUCGCCCGCCUCGCCCUCGCAAAGCGCCUCUUCCUCAAACCAAAACCCAGACGGCGGCGCACGCAACAAACCACUACCACCAGAAAGAAGCCUACAACUACUCCUCCCGCACGCGAAUACUCCCUCCGCAAACGCCCUCCACCAGUCACCACCCCAACUACCAUCCUUACCUCCUGGCGCGACGAAGACGACAGCACCGACAACGACGACUACGACCCGCGAAUCGAGCGAGCGUACCUGAAACGCAAAAAGCCAGUGAAGCGAGUAAAGACAUCCUCAUCAUCGGAGAACGGGCACUUGAGUCUCAUCGUGAAGAUCAAGAUCAACAUGGAAAGUGAAGCCGGGAAGGCUUUUCUGGAUACGUUUGGGAUGUAUCAGGAUGAUGACAACGACCCGCUAAUCGCCGACGAGGGACUUAGGCUUAUAGAAGACGGAGAAGUAGCUAGGGGAACGUCAUCACCAUCGUCAGCAUGCAAGCCAUGCAUCGAGACAGGGAGGCUAUGUUCCAUAAUAACCAGCACACCAUCCCUGAAUAGUCAAGAACCAGACACAGAGAUAUCAAAGUACCCAUGCGAACAAUGCAUCCAGGACACUAUUAUCUGUGAACCCAUACCUACUACACUCCCCAAUACCUACACAACAACAACAACUCUUCCAGAAAUCAAUAACACCCCCAUAAUCCAAACAAUCACAACAAUAACCACCUCCCUCACCCACCCCAUAACCCUAACCCCAACAUCCCAAACCUGCUCCUUCUGCCCCUCCCUCCCCUACAGCCUCUUCGGCCAGUACCAACCCCCACGAACAAUCUCUGUCUUGCCAAUCCUGCCCCCGGGGAACAAAUUAGGUGAUUACAUGGAACUCCAUCCUCAGUUAUCUACUGCUACUUCUAUAACACGCAUAUGCGUAACCUGUGCAUUGGAACGAUUGCGGAUAAUGCUCUGCGGUACACACACCCACACAUCAUCAACAUUAUCAUCAACUUCACCCACCUCGUCUACUACAUCCACUUCCUCAUCUGAAUCCAGCUCAGCACCAACGACCCACAAAAUCCUCCCACUAAAAGGCUACGACCCCAAUACAUUCGACUUCGAGGCCGCGUAUACGAAUCUCGCUUCAUCAUUAUCAUCAUCAUCAUCUCUAUCUUCAGCAAGUUCACUACAAAUUACUACUAACCCCUGGUGUUCUCUGUGUCCGCAUCCUGCGUUUUAUGGAUGUGCGAGAUUACAGAGUAGGGAUGUAUAUCUGGAGGAAAUCACUGAUUCUCAGGCGAUGGGCAUCGGGUGGGAAGGUGGAGGAGGUGGUGAGGAGGAAUGA